AUGUCGUUCAAGGGAGCCAAAAAGGCUCUGUAUCGGGGUCCGCACCAAUUGAUUGGUAAAAAGAGCGCGGACGACCAGCAGAUCAAGAAUUGGGAGCACGACUUGCAGAACGCGGUCGCCGGGCUCGAGUUUCUGAUAGUCCAGGAGCGGAAGUGGUGUAAAUGUCUGGGCAGCAUCCUGGACAAUCUGCUAGGCAGCAUGGAUACCUUUGAACAGCUGCACUCGCCGUUUGACCGAAAGGACAAAAAGGCCGACCAGGAGCUGGUUUCGGACCAGAACGAGGACUUCUCGAACGUGACGGUGAACGAGAUCCGGCAGGCGAAACGGCUAUUCCGGAUCAUCUAUGACCAGGUGACGCAGCGCAUGGAGGUCAGCAAGGACCGGUUUGUGGACCAAUGCGAAGAGAUGAAGGAGUAUAUCCGGUCGUCGUUGAAGCUCAUCACAAAACGCAACCACAAAAAAAUCGACUACGACAUGUACCACAACUCUGUCGAGAAGAUCUUGAAGUCGAGCAGUUUCAACGAAAAGGAGAAGGCGAAGCUGGAGACCACAAAAAGCCACAUGUAUGACACGCGCACGGUGUUUCUUGAUCUGGAUGCCAAAGUGAAGCUGAUGAUCCCGCAGGUGUUAGAGACGCUGUCUGAGUUCCUGCACAAACUGACCGUGAAGUUUUACUACCAGUCGCGCGACAUAUUCCGCUUUGUGACGCGCAACAUGGACAAGUUUGUGCAGCUACAGGGAGUGGUUGUCUACGGCCAGGAAACAGAGUACGCGAGUAUAUUGAACAACUGGAAAGAGCGGAUAGAGCAGGCACAGCAUAAGCUGAACUCGCUGGACUUGCUGAACGACUACAAGGCGUUCCAGGAGAAAACGUUUCUGGACAAAACAGGGCAGCAGAUGAACCAUUUCACGGGUCACGUGGUUGGCUCGGCGAUGGGGUUCACCAGCUCGCUGUACACGAAAACUCUGAACCCCCACCAGAAGCUGAACUUGCGCACACUCCACAUCGAAAACCCCGUGCGGCCGGCCUCCCGCGACGGCAUGUUCGUCACCGCGACAGACCCGCUCUCCUACAUCAUCAACGAGACGAUCGUCGCAGAGGAGGUCGUCGACGACGACGAUGCACAGAGCUGGCUAAAACCGCUGUCGUUGGAGAAACGGCUGGACGACACGCAAACGACGACUCCAAGCACGCUGGAGAGCGUUCCGGUGACCCCGGUGACGCCGUCGACGGCUAUCUCGUCGCCGUUGAUCGACCCGGGCUCCGAAACCGCCAAGUAUCUGUCGGUGUCCGUGGACGCAAUCAGGACUCGCUUGAGAGACACAGCGACUCACCCUGAGAUUGACGCGGCGCCGGUGACGGCGCGCGAGGACCACCAGCCAGAGGAGCGUACGCUACUCGAAGUUGCAAAGGCAAAGUCUUCAUUUGCUGCAGCUUUUAUAAAAGAGCGUGGUAUCAUUCGUACCGUCUAG